AUGUCCAAUGGAAAUGUAAGUAACGUUCUUGGUCGCUGUGAUGCCUUCAACUUGAACUGGUCCAAGUUAUGGUGUAAAGUUAACCCGUCAAAGGUCGGAUCAAUUAUACGUGUCUGGGAAACUGCCCACCUACCCCUCCCCUUACCUAACAUUAAUACUUACUUCACACUUAGGGCAAAAUGAUGACUUCGGGGAGGGGUAGGUGGGCAGUUUCUUGGAAUGUUCCAAGAGUGACCUAGCCUGUGUACAGACCUCUCCUCCUCUCAUUUUUCCUGAGGGGAGGGGGGUCUGUACACAGGUUAAGAGUGACCAACAUCAGUUUUUUCCUUUAGAUGUCAGUCCAUAAUCAAGAGAAAUGUUGAUCAGUAUUGAUAUAAUAAUAGGCCACUUCCGAGUUCCAAAAACCCUCACUUUCAAAAUGAGGCCAAGAGCACAACCUCGCUUGUGAAAAUGAGUUUAAUUUGCAUAAGAAUGAAAAAUCAUUUCCAUAUCAAAGGCUGUGCACUUAACCUCGUUUUGAUACAGAGGCCCGAGAAAACUCGGAAAUUGCCUAUCGCCAAAGGGGAAGUGCUUUCAUCUUUCAUCAAAUUUUCUUAACUUAACCCAUAAGAUCAAUUUGGUUAACUGAAUGUGUAUUUGGUUAUUGGGGCUUAAAGGGAUGAUAGUUGUGGUGUCGUUUGAUGCAUUUUUCUCGCACGUUAAGGUUCUACAAAACAACCAAUCGGUAGAGUAGCUACGAAAUUUCCGGCGUAAAACUCACACGCAGAGAAGGAAAGCGUGGAUGCUUUAAAGUCGUGCGUUAUAUAUGGGCCAUUUACACACUCUAGUUUGUUACUGAGUUUUCAGAAGUUCGCUCAGCUUGUGAAAGUCGAACAUUAGAGGGUUGCGUUGCCAAAUUAAGCGAUGAAUGUGAAGAAUUUAUGACAUUGUCACAGCUUCAAGACAAUUAUGUCUUCUAGGUGUCAUAAUUCAGAGACAAGAUGACUUUCGUUUCGCCUUGUAAAACAAUUUCUGCAAAUUGCCGUUAUUCGUUUCAUCAGCAAGCAGUGAAAAACAAUUAGAGGAUAGUAUUAAGUUUAUUGCUGCCAAAGAAAACGCUCAUAGAGAAAAGCAUCGUCUUGUAUAUCUUGUACCAUUGACGUCAUUCAGUUUACCCACAUACCGCAAACGUCUCCCAAUUUUGAACAACUAUAGGGGGUUAUGAUUGGUUAUGAAGAAUAAGCUGGGGGAUUUGAGCCUAUCAGAAUCUGAGAACUAUUUUGAAUGAAUAAUUAAGUGUUUUUAUUGAUGGUUUUAGAUCAUAUUCCGUGCAGAAAACGGUGGCGGCCAGCUGGUAGCGCAGCACAGUGUCAACGACCCUCUUCAAUUCUGUGAUGGGGAGUGGCAUAAGAUACAAGUGUGGAAAAGAAACAAUAUUGUGCAAAUACAAGUGGAUGAAAACCCUUCUUAUGAAAGCGUGCCACUCGGAGCCCAGACCAGUGCUGAUAUCUAUGAUCCACUGUAUGUCGGAGGACUGCCUGGUACAGUGAAAAAUCCUUUUAUCUUCCUAAAAAACAUAAAACUGUAAAUUUCUGAAAGUAAGCCCCUACUUUUGUAAGCUCCUCCAAAUAAAACCUGUAGUGUAGAACAUUCUUUACCACUGGGCAGCCGGGCCUCCUUUAAUUCAAAAAGUGGAACAAUGUAUUCCGUUUUCACUCUCUAUGAGACGGUCACCUCCCUAAAACGGAGGCCUAGUGUUGGUCCCUGCUGUUCUCCUGUCAUAUCCUCUGACUCUCUAUGAGGCAGACACCUCCCUAAAAUGGACACCUAGAGUUGGUCCCUUUGGUUUGUCAUUCAUUUUCAUUGAUUCUCUUAAAAGACCGACACCUCCUUAAAAUGGACACCUAGAGUUAGUCCCUGCUGUUUUUCAGUCAUUUUCUUUGACUCUCUAUGAGGCAGUCACCUCUCUGGAAUGGACACCUAGAGUUGGUCCCUUUCGUUUUUCAUUCAUUUUCAUUGAUUCUCUUUAAAGACCGACACCUGCUUAAAAUGGACACCUAGAGUUGGUCCCUUACGUUCUUCAGUCAUUUUCAUUGUCUCUGUAUAAGGCGGACACCUUCCUAAAAUGGUCACCUAGAUCUGGUCCUCAUUGUUCUUUCUUUUGCUUAUUUGUAAGCCAGACACCUCUUUAGGGUGGACUCUUGUUUCUAGUCCUAGCGUUGCAUGUACAGUUUCUUAUUUUUCAAGCAGUAUUGCCUAUUAAACGAUUGUAUUUUGUUUUGUAGUGGGCGAAGCUGCCAAGGGUGUUACAGUAACAGAAGGUUAUACAGGAUGUGUGCGUAACUUGAUUUCCAAGAAACCUGGCGGAGACCCUCAGACUCUGUACCUUGCUAAUCCGCUGAUGAUGGGUGGUGAUUUGUAUCUUGGUGGAUGUCCUUACAAGUGAUCAAAUUUUUCUUUAGAUAUCUGUCAAGAGAAAGAUAUAAGGGAUGUUUUGCACUUUCCAAGCAGCCUUAAUAGCAUUUUUAUUUUGUAGCUUAUAAGUAACGUAAUUUUGUAAUAAAAUGCAGUUUUAAUAUCAGCGUUGUCUUGUUGUGUUGUACUUUCCUUGUCCAUUCAACUUGUAUUUCACCCUUCUCAGGGCAAGUCAAGUCAGGUUUUAUUUCACUUUCCGAUGAAAAUACAGAGGUUAAUUUUAAAGAAUAAUAAUAUAUUAUCGUAAUCUAUAUAACUAAACACUGUACACCCCUCAACACCACCAUACAGCUCUACACAAGACCAUACAUCACCAUAAAAGCCUGUACAACACCAUACUCUUCUAUGCAUCACUAUGCAUGUCUUAUCCACAUCUUACAUCCCUGCUAUACAUUUCUUUAAACCUUUACACAUUACCAUACACCUCUAGUCUCAAGUAUUCCAUAAACCCAGGCCAACUAACAAGAAAAACGUGCUAUUGAGUACCUCAUAUCAGAGCUACUCUCUGUUAAUGAGACACUACAUCGGUUUUAACACCACAGAAACCUGCACUGUCACCUAUUUCUGCCGGUGCAUGUAAAGUGUCAAAUCUGCAUCCAUUGCCACUGCCAACUCAACUGAAUGGUAAAGUGCAAAAUGAUACUAGGUUUAAUAAUACACUUAAUUUAUUUGACUUUAACUGGAGCCACUCUGUAAAUUGAUAAGUUUCAAGUCUCUGUUGUUGCUCAAAGUGAAAUUUAGGUUCAAAUGAUUUAAUUUCACCUAGCCUUACUUUGAAUUCAUUCUCAAGUUCCUUUGAUUUCUAACUAUUCCUAGUUAUUCUUGAUCACGAAUAAUAAGGACCAAGAGAUUAAUUUUGAACUGAGGAUAAUAAAGUUGCCAUCUAAAUAGGGGAAAUGCCCAACAUUAGCAAAAUUAAUUUACAUUGGGUCUAGAAUGUUAAAAAGUCAAAAUUCAAGUUCAUGUAUUUUAUUUUUGACAUGGAUAUGAAAGUGUUUGAGUAUGCAUGGUAUUUUUUUUAUAUUGGAACCACUCUAAAAGAAAUUUAAUUUCACCCCUCAAGUACAAUUUUUAAAUUGUUUGAAAAUGAUUAUCAUCAAUCAGGAGACUACAGUGUUGUUAGUAUUCACCAGAAAGGGAUGGCUUUGUGCAGUCAAUUGUAACAACUGAAAGGCCUAACAUUGUUUAUCAUAAACAACAUCAAUACUAGUCCUAACAAGAGAAUUCACCAUUUUUUUUAUUAUAAAAUAUUUUUCAACUUCUUUAGGAACAUCAAGUUUAUUGAAAGAGUACCACCAAUUGUUAUAGGGGCAGCAGCAAAGCCAAUUCCCUCUCUCCUUGAGAUUAUGGAUCAGCAGCAGAGAGAAAUAUCUACAAACGAAGGCCUAGAUGUGCUUCCUGUUGGAUAUGAAAGGUUACUCAAUGAGAAGAGCACACAAAGAAAAGGAACGCCAGUUCUCCCCUCUCCAAAGCUCAAUCCUUCACGGGUUAGAAAGGUCGGCACACCUGGUCCUUUUGAAAAUUCAAUUAACCACACCCAGCAGAUAACUGGUACAAUUACACCAAAAACUAGUAGGACUGACUGUUCUCUUCAAGAAGUUAACAAAGCUGCAGAGGAUAUCAUUACCUCUUUGUCAGAAAAGGGUAAAUUUGUUUCCCUCGAGGAGGUAAAAGCCACACUCUGCAAGGAAUUUGGAAAGUCGAAUUUCAGAGCAUUUGGAUUUUGAAAAGACAAUGCUAUUCCUUUCCUUCAUGAACUUAUCCAAUUGCAAGCUAAAGUGAGUACACUGUAACUGCUCAGAUUCAUUCCCAGGCAUCUCGGAGCUGGAGACCCAUACCUAUACCUAAUUAUUUUUCACCUAAACAGCGUUUUACUAGAUCAUUUUCUAAUGAUUCAUUAUUACUUUUAUAGUUUCUUUCCAAGGAAAAUAAGGGACUGGAACUCUCUACCAAGUGGCAUUCGUACCAGUACAAAUUUUUCAUUAUGUAAAGAUCACUGUUUCUCAGCUGUUAGAAAUGAUUGAUGGCUGUCAUUUAGUUAUCUUUUUUAUCAUUAUUUAUCUUAUUCAUUUGUAUAUAUAUAUAUAUUAUAUUUAGUAAGAAAUAAUUUUAUUUUUUAUUUUUUAUUUCUAUUUUCAUUUCAUUUUUAUUCUAUUAUUGUACUUCUGAUAUUGUAAUUUAUUUAAUUUAUAUUGACUUGAUGCGAAAGCGUUGUCCAUCAGAUCUUCCAUCUCUGCCUAACAUAACAACCAUUCAGAUCCUAAAACAUUUGGAGAAGUACAUGACUCACGAGGAUUUGUGGCGUAAGAAAGUAAAUUUGAAGCUUUUUGUUGAUUAUCUAUGUGAACAGUAUAACUGUGAUACUCCAUGUGAACUCGGGGUCCGAAUACAGAGUUGGACUGGCAAUUUCGGUAUGUUACGGGGGCACUUAACGACUGUUUUCUUUAAAAUAUCUGUUCGGAGAAGUAAACGCUGCCUAUAAUUUUCUUUUGCUUGAGGACGGCUAAUAAUUUCUAGAUGAACGUUCCAUUCAUGUGCAAUUUUCGAAGCUCAUCUAAUAAAUUCCCUACGAUUUUCUGAAGUUGAAUUUUCCAUAUUUUUCUACCCACGUUACACUUUUCUUCUUAGAAAAAGAAGACCUAAAAUUCACGAAAACGCUUGCUACGCAGGCUAUCACUUUCGUAAAAUGUUAAAUUACACGUAAAAUUUUCGGAAAAAUAGUACUGAAGCCUUUGUAAUUUCGAAAAGACUUAAGUUCCCCUCGGAUGACCGAACAGAUAAAAAUUUUGUAGCGCCGCUUAGAAUGCAUUUCUAAAGAUCUAAAUGUACUCUGGAUAGCCUAAAAAGUGUUUUCAACGUAUUUUGAAGGAAACCUGAUCUAUAUUUUAAUUUAUUUAAUUUAUAUUGACUUGAUGCGAAAGCGUUGUCCAUCAGAUCUUCCAUCUCUGCCUAACAUAACCAUUCAGAUCCUAAAACAUUUGGAGAAGUACAUGACUCAAGAGGAUUUGUGGCGCAAGAAAGUGAAUUUGAAGCUUUUUGUUGAUUAUCUAUGUGAACAGUAUAACUGUGAUACUCCAUGUGAACUCGGGGCCCGAAUACAGAGUUGGACUGUUGAUUUCGGUAAGUUACGGGGGCACCUAACGACUGUUUUCUUUAAAAUAUCUGUUCGGAGAAGUAAACGCUGCCUAUAAUUUUCUUUUGCUUGAGGACGGCUAAUAAUUUCUAGAUGAACGUUCCAUUCAUGCGCAAUUUCCAAAGCUCAUCUAAUAAAUUCCCUACGAUUUUCUGAAGUUGAAUUUUCCAUAUUUUUCUACCCACGUUACACUAUUUUUCUUAGAAAAAGGAGACCUAAAAUUUUCGGAUUCUAAAAUGUGUUGGAGAGAGGAAUCAGAAACAUUCUCACUUUCGUAAAAUGUUAAAUUACACGUAAAAUUUUCGGAAAAAUAGUACUGAAGCCUUUGUAAUUUCGAAAAGACUUAAGUUCCCCUAGGAUGACCGAACAGAUAAAAAUUUUGUAGCGCCGCUUAGAAUGCAUUUCUAAAGAUCUAAAUGUACUCUGGAUAGCCUAAAAAGUGUUUUCAACGUAUUUUGAAGGAAACCUGAUCCAACCAACACAAAACAUAGUGCUUAAUUUAUUUAAUAUCACAUAUCAAAACCAAGAAGCAUGUCGAAAAUGCCACACGCAAUGGAGUUUUUCUUUAUCUUUUAUAGCUUUUUGUUUUGGAAAAGGAACUUUUCCAUUGAAAACUUUCGGGUUUACAGUUUUUUUCUCAAUUAACCAGUCCUCUCAGUUUAAGCCAUAGCGCGUAAAUAAAACGUUUAUAUUUACUCACAUACUAAGCGUUCUGUAGGCAAGUAGUUGUUACUUGUUAGAGAAUUCAAAUAGGAAAAUUAAAAGUAACGUUAUUUGAAGUUUCCGAUGUAUCCAAACACUCAAAAACUUAACAUUUUUCCACUCUUGAUAAUGAUGUUGGAUACAUCGAAACAUCGAAUAACGUUACUUUUAAUUUUCCUAUUUGCAAUAGAUGUUAAAAUUGCUACAUGGUGGUUUGCUUCUUUUGCUGAUAGGUGAUAAAAAGUGCCAAAAAAUGUGAGAGCGAAAGAUGGAAAACUAUUAGAGAAGAGGUCUUGGUGUAA